AUGGAGUUUCCGCAUGAUGGCGAGUCUAUCUACUAUCGAUACCAAGCUACGUAUGUCCGUAACUGGGCGGGAGAUUUGAUAUAUUGCACGGGACCGGAGACAACCCGAAUCCAGGAGACUUGGAACUCGAUCAGUGCUUGCUUAGGGACUCGGGAUAUUUCAUCCACAAACCAACCCCAAUUCCACCAUGUCAAGUUAGAUGGGGAUUUUCAGGGCUGGGAAUUACAUGAGUUUCGCCGGACUUCGACGACAGUCUCUACCGGAAUUAUCCUCAGCGAUGUGGUUGAUCAUCCAAGCACCAAGCGAGACUUCGAGACAUUCUUCUGUCAACUGCUUCUACGUGAAGCUAACCUCGCAGUCACUCAUCAGCGAGUGAAUAUAAGCCCAUUAACUUCGAGUCGAUACGACGAGGCUACAGAAGAGAUCGUGUCUCUCUUCGACAGGUUCCUUCGGUAUCAGGGCGAAAAUGAUAAGUGGAUCGAAUCUGGACGAACUUACUUUGCGGAGCGCGUUCGUCACUUCACUUCCCAGGGAAGACGAAUUGAGCUUUGCUUGCCUGCUUUCCCGUGCAAGUCGUCGAAUUUAGACAAAGUCACGGGAAAAGACCCUGAUCGUGGAGAACUUCUUGCCUUGGAACGUCUACACAGCUUCAUAGAGGCUGUCGAGAAGAUAUAUGAUGUAGGCGCAAAGCUCUGGAUCAUUAGCGAUGGGCAUGUCUUCAGUGACUGCAUCGGUGUUGACGACGAAGAUGUGGAUUCGUAUGGUCUGAAGCUAAUCAAAAUGAACCGCGCAAUUGGACUUCGAAGAGGGAACACGGAUCGGGUAGGCUUUAAAUCUCUAGUCGAUCUCUUCGAGCUAGAGAGAUACAAGCACAAACAAUCGAAACUUUCCCAGCUCGACAUACCCACUAUUAACCACUACGUCGAAACACGUGUGACUACGGAAGCGGAACUUUGCCGACGUAUCCUCAUGGCCGGGUGUCAAUCCCAGAGGUCUGGGCUCCGAGCUCGGAUUGAGUCGCAAGACCCUGCUAUUCUGGCUUUAUAUCGCGGCUUUUCGCGGUUUAUGCUUGAGGAUCUAGAACACCAUCCAUUUACGCGAACUAUGAGCCGCUCGAAACAGAAGAAACUUUCCGCUAAAGUGGCUUUUGAGAUGAUCAUGAGGAAUCAGGCGUAUUCCAACCUCGUGGAACUGCUCUUCCCAAACCAUAUUCGGUUAUCGAUCCACGCACACAACAAUGCUGGACCCAAAUUCGGCAUCCAGCUAUUCGACCCAGCAGUCGUUCGAGCCGUUGAGACGCUCUCACCUAACAGCAACCCCAUGACCUCCCGUGACCUGCUACAUAUCCCUACCCCAUGGCAUAACUCGGUAGUAAAGGUCGUUGGUAGCAAGAUACUAUGCGUUACGAAAGCCAAAGUGGUACGAGAUGCUCUAGCCGAUGGUGGAAUGACGGGAAGCCUAUUGGGACAAGAAAACCAGAUCGACUCUAUCCCGGCAGUAUAUUUCACUGUGAACACUACCCCUAGGAAGCGAGAUCCGGCAGAUCAACAAGAGACAGCGCACAAGGAGCCCUCCAAACCUACGCCCCAGGUUACCAUUGCAUCAGGUAGGGAGGGCAUAGCAUCGUUAGUAACCAAGACUAUCAUCCUCCACGUUUUUAAAUACUAA